UUUUUGAAUGAAAUGAAUGACAUUCUAGGUCGUUAUAUGGAAAUAACCUUCCACAGUUUGUGCCCCAAUAAAGUAUCCCCGAUAUUCGGAGAUUUCAUGAGUAUGCAAGGAUACUAUGAGGAUUUAGAUUUCGCAAAGUUGCGUGUAUAUAUAAACAAGCAAAUGGUGGAGUAUAAUAACUUCCCAGGCAUGGCGCGUAUGAGCUUGGUUUUCUUCAAAGAGGCCAUUGAACACGUUGCUCGUAUUCUGAGAGUAAUAUCACAACCCAGGGGCCAUAUGCUGAACAUUGGCAUAGGCGGUUCGGGAAGACAGGUGAUAGUGAAAUUGGCCGCUUUCAUCUUGGAAAUGGGUGUAUUUCGAAUUGAAGUUACCAAAAAGUACAAGACACCUGAUUUUAAGAAGGACUUGAAAAAUUUGUAUAAAACCACAGGUGUUAAACAGCGACCGACUAUCUUCAUUUUUAGUGGAGAACAAGUGGUGGAAAGUACCUUUUUAGAAAUAAUUAAUAACAUGUUAAGCACUGGUGAAAUUAAUUUGUUUAAAUCUGAUGAAUUUGAAGAGCUGAAAACUGAACUAGAGCGGCCGGCUAAAAAGGCUGGUGUACAAUUGACGACAGAAGCUUUGUAUAAUUUCUUCAUGAAAAAUGUACGGGAUAAUAUGCAUCUUGCGUUAUGUAUCAGCCCGAUAGGGGAAGAGUUCCGAUCAUAUAUACGACAAUACCCAGCACUAAUUAACAACACAACACCAAACUGGUUUAGAAUGUGGCCUCAGGAAGCCCUAUUAGAAGUUGCCGCAACAUUUCUGGCCGAAUUCAAAAUAGAUGUGCCAGUACCGGGUAAAGAAAUAGAGAAGACACGCGAAACUUUAAUAGAGAGCAAAGAGGAUAUAUUGCAACGUGACGUAGCAUAUAUUUUCUCCGUGAUCCACUCAUCUGUAAGAGAAAUGUCAAAUAUUAUGUUUUUGGAAGUCAAACGGCGUAACUAUGUUACGUCUUUAAAUUACUUACAACUUGUAAGUGGCUUCAAAGAACUAUUAGAAAAUAAGCGCUUCGAAGUUUCUUCUGCCGCUAACAAGUUGCGUAAUGGUUUGUCCAAAAUUGCUGAAACUCAAGAGAAAGUGAGUGAAAUGUCUGAAGAAUUGAAAAUCAGUUCUGAACAGGUGAAGGUAUUAGCAACAGAAUGUGAGGACUUUAUUGCCGUUAUAGAGGUUCAAAAGGCUGAAGCUACCGACGCGAAGGACAAAGUAGAUGCUGAGGCAGUUAUAAUAAAGCGUGAAGAAGUGGUUUGCUUAGACUUGGCGGCCACAGCUCGAGCUGAUUUAGAGGUUGUGCUGCCGAUGAUUGAUGCUGCUGUGAAAGCCUUGGAUGCCUUAAACAAAAAGGAUGUGUCCGAAGUGAAAUCUUACGGUAGACCACCGAUGAAGAUCGAAAAGGUGAUGGAAGCAGUAAUGAUUCUGCUAGGUAAAGAACCAACAUGGGAAAACGCUAAAAAAGUACUGGGCGAAACAACCUUUUUGAAUGAUCUAAAAAAUUUUGAUCGAGAUCAUAUUCCUGAAAAAACGUUGAAACGCAUUGCCAUAUAUACUAAGAACCCGGAAUUGGAACCAGAUAAAGUGGGUAUUGUGUCGGUGGCUUGCAAAUCUCUGAUGUUAUGGGUAAUGGCCAUUGAAAACUAUGCAAAAGUAUACCGUAUUGUGGCUCCAAAGCAAGAGAGGUUAGAUAAUGCAAUGCGCUCGCUAGCCGAGAAGCAAGCUCUUCUGGCUGCAGCCAAAGCAAAAUUGGACGAAUUGAAUGCUCGACUUGCGGAGUUAUAUAAGCAACUGAAUGAGAAAACUGAACUAUUAAACGAGCUAAGGUUGAGAGAAGAGAAACUUCGUAAGCAAUUAGAAAGAGCUAUAAUACUGGUCGAAUCAUUAUCGGGAGAACGAGAACGUUGGAUUGAUACAGUUGCUGCCCUAGAUGCUAGAUUUCUGAAACUACCCGGAGAUUGUUUGCUUGCCACAGCUUUCAUGUCAUACUUGGGGCCUUUCGAUACAAAAUAUCGUGAAUUGUUAUUACAAGAGUGGAUUAAUCUAAUUAAAGACAAAGCUGUUCCCGCAACUGAUGAAUUGAAACUCACUACAUUUUUGUCUGAUGCAGUAACUAUACGUGAGUGGAACAUCCAAGGACUACCGGCUGACGAUUUUAGCACUGAAAAUGGUGUCAUUGUAAUGGAAAGCAGUCGUUGGCCUUUGAUUAUUGAUCCUCAGAUGCAAGCCAAUACAUGGGUGAAAAAUAAUGAAGAAAAAAACGAUUUAAAAAUUAUUGAUUUCACACAACCUGACUAUUUACGCACCCUAGAAGGUGCUCUAAUGAAUGGAAAUCCUGUUUUAUUGCAAAAUGUUGGGGAAGUUAUCGAUCAGGCCAUUAACCCUAUAUUACGUAAAAGUUAUACAUUGCAGGGAGGCCAGAAGUUAAUUAAAUUCAAUGAUAAAUAUCUCAGUUUUAAUGAAAAUUUCCGUUUGUACAUAACAACGAAAAUGACGAACCCGCAUUAUCCACCGGAGGUAUCAUCGAAGACUACCAUUGUUAAUUUUGCUUUGAAACAGGAUGGUCUGCAAGCUCAACUUUUGGGUAUUAUAGUCCGAAAGGAGAAGCCCUCUUUGGAAGAACAAAAGGAUGAGCUAGUUUUGACUAUAGCGAGAAAUAAGCGUACUCUUAUUGAUUUGGAUAAUGAAAUUUUACGUUUGCUUAAUGAGAGUCGAGGAUCUCUGCUAGAGGAUGACGAGUUGUUUGCUACUCUGCAGAAGUCACGACAAACUUCGAUAUUGGUCAAAGAAUCGCUGAGCAAUGCGGAGGUAACGGAAGUUGAAAUAGAUAUGGCACGUCAAGAAUAUCAACCAGCAGCUGAAAGAGCUUCGAUUCUAUUCUUCGUACUUAUGGAUAUGUCUAAGAUUGACCCCAUGUACGUAUUUUCCUUGGCCGCCUACAUUUUGCUGUUCACACAAUCUAUAGAGCGAAGCCCAAAACAUCAAAUUGUUGCUGAACGUAUUCGCAACAUAAAUGACUAUCACACCUACGCUAUGUACAAAAAUACUUGUCGCGGCUUAUUCGAAAAGCAUAAACUACUCUUCUCCAUACACAUGACUGCGCAGAUAUUAUCUAAUGCUGGUCGUUUAGUAGAAGAAGAGUACAAUUUUAUUUUGAAAGGCGGCAUUGUAGUGGAUAAGCAAGGUCAACCACCGAACCCAUCACCAGGUUGGAUAAAUGAACAAUCCUGGGAUAAUAUCACAGAACUUGACAAAGUUCCAGGUUUCCAUGGGAUUAUUGACUCAUUUGAAUCUACCGCCAAAGCUUGGCAUGUUUGGUACGCCACCACAACACCCGAAACAGAGGAUUUGGUGGGAGAGUGGAAUGAUAAACUCACAGAUUUUCAAAAAAUAUGUGUUGUACGUUGUUUGAGGGCGGAUCGCGUUUCUUUUUGUCUCACGCAGUUCAUUAUAAACGCUUUGGGACCUCGUUAUGUGGAACCACCCGUUCUCGAUUUGAAAGUUACUUUCGAAGAAUCCAUCGCUCAGACCCCACUCAUAUUUGUAUUGUCACCAGGCGUAGAUCCUACGCAGUCUCUUCUAACUUUAGCUGAGCAGACUAAAAUGUCUUCGCGUAUGUUUUCUUUAAGUUUAGGCCAAGGCCAGGCGCCGGUAGCUACAAAAAUGAUUAUGGAUGGUAUACGCGACGGCAACUGGGUCUUUUUGGCCAACUGCCAUUUAUCACUCAGCUGGAUGCCGACCUUAGAUAAAAUUAUUGCUACUAUGCAAACAAUGAAGUUGCACAAACGUUUUCGUCUGUGGCUCAGCUCAAGCCCUCAUCCAGACUUUCCUAUUUCCAUUUUACAAACUGGUAUUAAAAUGACUACAGAACCUCCACGUGGGAUAAAGGCAAACAUGAAGCGUUUAUAUAACAAUGUCAAUGAAGUAAAUUUCGAUCUCGCCACGGAUGCUCCCAAAUAUAAAAAGUUGCUCUUUGCUCUUUGCUUCUUUCACACUAUAUUACUUGAGCGAAAGAAGUUUCUUCAAUUAGGGUGGAACGUUGUUUAUAGUUUUAAUGAUUCGGAUUUUGAGGUGUCGGAAAGCUUGCUGCUUUUGUACUUGAAUGAAUACGACGAGACGCCGUGGGGUGCUCUCAAAUAUUUAAUAGCAGGCGUGAACUAUGGCGGGCACGUAACUGAUGAUUGGGAUCGACGCCUGCUAACCACUUACAUUAAUCAAUUCUACUGUGAUGACACCUUAAAAAUUUCCAAAUAUCGUUUGUCUUCUCUUCCUAAUUAUUUUAUACCGCUCGAAGGGGAUCUACAAUCGUAUUUAGAUCAAAUACAACAAUUUCCGAAUUUUGACAAACCGGAAGCAUUUGGCCAACAUCCAAAUGCGGAUAUUGCGUCCUUGAUUGGUGAAACACGUUUGCUUUUCGAAACUUUAGUUUCCAUGCAAGUGCAAACUGCGACCUCAGCGGGCGAGAGUAAAGAAAGUAAGGUUUUGAAAUUGGCCAAUGACAUAUUUCUUAGCACCCCGGAUGAACUGAAUUACGAACAAACGGCCAAACUGAUCGGUUUAAAUCGCAUGCCGCUUGAAGUGGUUCUCUUGCAAGAAAUUGAACGUUAUAACGAUCUCUUGCGUAGAAUGAAACGCCAUUUGCUUGACGUACAAAGAGGUAUAAAAGGUCUUGUUGUGAUGAGCACUGAACUGGAAGACAUUUAUCAGUCAAUCUUUGACGGGCGGGUUCCACUCGCUUGGCUUAAAGCUUAUGCCUCUGAAAAGCCUUUAGCUGCAUGGUCUCGUGAUUUAGUAUUCCGCAUAGAACAUUUUGCUCAGUGGGCCAGAACCUUACGUCCACCGACAUUGUUCUGGUUGGCCGCUUACACUUUCCCGACCGGAUUUAUAACGGCGGUGUUGCAAACUUCCGCUAGAACGACGCGCACACCUAUUGAUGAACUAGGCUGGGAUUUUUAUGUAUUUGUUGAGGAAGAUGCUGCCGCUGCACGUAUUGUGCGCGAAGGUGGUGGUGUAUAUGUGCGCAGUUUGUAUUUGGAGGGAGCUGGAUGGCUACGAAAAGGUCAAUGUCUUUGCGAUCCCUCACCUAUGGAGCUGGUCACACCCAUGCCAGUGAUACACUUCAGGCCAGUCGAACAACUAAAGAAACGUGCACGCGGCGUAUAUGCUUGCCCUUCUUAUUAUUAUCCACAGCGCGCGGGUUCUUACGUUAUUGCGGUGGAUUUAAAGGCUGGUACAGAAAAAGCAGAUUACUGGAUUAAACGCGGCACCGCUCUUCUUUUGAGUUUGAACUUAUAAGCCUUUUGUAAAUUUUAACUUGAUUCUCUUUGCAUUACAAAGAAAUACAUUUAUGUUACUCCUUUCUUAUCCUAUGUUAUUUCUGAUAAGAGUUAGUUCAAUUUUCUUGUCGCCGCAGUUUUGAUCGCAACAAUGCGUCUAAAGAGUUUAAAUUCGUAAUGAGAGGAUUUGAAUUUCCAAAUAUAAAACGACGAGAGACAGAUAUAAAAUGUCUAUUGGUCUUUAAUAGCAAUGACAACUGCGUUUCUUUUUGUGCACGCUCUUUCCGUUUCUUAUCAGUUCAUUCUUUUACCUCUUUGCUUGUCCGUACAGUCGGCCACAUGUCGCACUUUUCUCUCUGCGUUCCACGCACUCGGCACGCUAUCUAAAUAGACUUUGGCCAAUUUUAGAUGCAUUUUUUCUUUUUUCUUGAUUGAAAUUGAAAAGUUUGUCUGCUGACACUUGGGAUUCAUUAGCACAUUGUGAUAUUGCACAGGCGUCCUUCGUGUAGCACGAUUAAUU